AUGAAAGACUUAUCUGCAUUUAACGUCACUCACUUCCCCAGCGGGAAGCAGAAUAUCGCUAUCAUCAACAGCAUCUCUGCACUCACCAUUGUACCAGGAGGACUCGUGUAUGCACAGGAUAUAAUCGAGUCACAGAACACGAUAAAUAAACCGAACAUUACUGGCUUCACCACCGCCUUACAACUUGUUUACCCGGCAAACUCCGUCAACCCUGCCAGCAAAUCCCCAGGUGGGGCGGAGUUUUAUGCGUCGCCAUUGAACCUAGGCGAUGCCGAGAAUGUCACAAUGGAAUACAGCGUCUAUUUUCCCGUGGAUUUCGACUGGGUAAAGGGCGGAAAGCUACCGGGUCUGUACGGUGGUCAUACAGGCUGUUCCGGGGGCGCUGCUGCCGAAGACUGCUUCAGCACACGACUAAUGUGGAGGCAAGGCGGUGCCGGCGAACUAUAUCUAUACGCUCCAAAGAGAAAGCAAACGAAGGCGUUAUGUUCUGAUCCACAGUCCGUCUGCGAUUCCGAGUAUGGGCUCUCGAUCGGAAGGGGAUCAUUCCACUACAGCAGAGGGAAUUGGACGACAUUGCGCCAAGACGUCGUGCUCAACACCCCUGGAAAGCAGGAUGGAGCGUUCGCUUUGUUCGUUAACGGGAUGCAGGCGAUCAACCGGACAGACGUAUUUUAUCGCGACGCACCUCAGCAGAAAAAGAAGUCGAAAUCAAAAACCAUCACUUUCUUCGGCGGGCACGGAGACGGCUGGGCCACUCCCAAACAACAGUAUACGUGGUUCAAGGACUUCGCCAUUAUGCGCAACUUUUGA